AUGGGUGCAAAGUACACGUACGACGAAUCGGGCGUCACAUUCUUCUACUAUGCGCUGACGGUGCUUAGUCUGACUGUGGUGCCCACAACGCUCUACCUGUUGGUAGGCAACAAGGGCUCGGGCGAGACUAUGAAGCCAAAGACGCCCAAAGUGCGCACGCGCAAAGUCAAGAACAAGUCGUCGAUGCCCAAGAUCCGGGCCGUUCUGCUGGUUGUCGGCUGGGCGCUGAUCUUUUUGCUCUCGUACAAGGUGAAGACAACCGAAGUGGCAGAGGCAGAGUACUGGGACCCGUUCAAGCGGGCGUUCCGCCAGCUGUCGAUGAAGUGGCAUCCGGACAAGGUCAGCGAGGAGAACAAGGAGCUGGCUGGCGAAAAGAUGGCAGAGAUUAACCGCGCGUACAAGACGCUGACGGACCCUGAGGCGCUGGAGAACUACAACAAGUACGGCAACCCUGACGGCAUGCAGGUGCAGUCGAUGGGCAUUGCGCUGCCCAAGCUCCUGGUUGAGGCACACACAUCGCCGUUUGUGCUGCUUCUAUACGGGCUCAUGUUUGGCUUUGUGAUGCCAUUCUACGUUGGCCGCUGGUGGUACAACUCGACGCGCUACCAGAAGGACCGUAUCCUGAACCCGACCAUGGGCCUGUUCUUCAAGAACAUCCGCGAGCAUAUCACCCAGCGCAACCUGAUUGAGCUGCUGACCGCUGCCACCGAGUUCACUGAGGACGACUUAAAGUACCGCGAGUCCGAGGACAAGACUCUGAAGGAGAUUUCCGAAAAUGUGCAGCGCGUGUCUCGCCGCCAUGCUCUGGAGAUCUUCACGCCGUCCAAGAAAUUCACGAGCAAGGAUGCCAUCGACGAUGCCGAGCUUGCCGACCAGCAGCAGCAGAUUGUGAUCACGGCACUGAACCUUGUGCACCGCGGCCUGCUCCAGAUCUCGACUGGCCACAACUGGUACAACUGCUCGACGCAGCUGAUGAGCAUUUCGCAGAUGCUUGUUCAGGGCCUGUACAUGUACGACGCGCCGCUGAUGCAGCUGCCUGGCAUCACGAACGAGAACCAGCCCAAAAUCUACAAGGAGAAGAACGUAUACGGAAUCAACCAGCUGCUGCGCCUGCCUGCCGAGAAGCAGCGCGAGGCCCUGAAUGUGCUCGGUGACAAGCAGUUCGAGGAGGCGAUCCAGUACGCCAAGGUCAUCCCCAAGGUCGAGAUUGCGCGUGCUCUGCUCACUGUGAUCGGCGACCAGGUCAUCACGCCGCUGUCGAUUGUAACGCUUAUCGCCAAGAUCAAGGUCACAAACGCCCGCACCAAGGCUGUGUCGCGCUUCCAGGGCGCCGACAUCGAGGAGAUUGCUGACGAGGAUACGGCGGCGAUCGAGAACUUUGUGUCAAGGAUGUCCAAGAACGAGAGCAAGGAGACUGCGCCCGAGGUAUACUGCCCUUACUUUGCCGGCCGCAAGGAGUCGCAGUGGUGGGUGAGCUUUGCCAACUUCCAGAGCGGCAAGCUGGUGGUUCCUCCUAUCCGCGUUGCCAACCUGGCUACCGAGCGUGUUGUGUCUGUGCAGUUCCAGGCACCCCCGCAGCCGGGCACAUACACGUUCCAGCUGCUGGUCAAGAGCGACUCGUACUAUGGUUGUGAUGUGCUGCAGGAGAUCCGCAUGGAGGUUGCUGACCGGGCGACGCUUCCGGCUGAGGCCCCUGUUGAGGACGACAUCUCGGAGCCAGAGGACGACUCAAUCGCCGCCCAGAUGGCGCAGCUGCGCGGCCAGCAGGCUGGUGGUCGCCGCAACGACGACGAUAGCUCUGACGAGGAGUAG